UCUAUGUCGGUGACUAUUUCGUGUGUGUUGGUGUUGCGUUAAUAAAAAAGUGUAAAUACUUAAGAAAAUUUUAGAGUUGACAAAUCAAAAAAGUUUCUACGGGACGUGCGCUAACGUUAACCGAAAAAUGCAAAAUCAAAUAUGUUUUCCACUGCAUACCGGAAAAUAAACAAAUACAAGAAGCAUAAAGUAUGCAGAAAAUUAAAUACAAAAGGAGCUUUUAAGUUUUGCGUGUGAAUGAAAUUCGAAAACUCAAGGGAGCAGGAAGCGAACGAAAAACAUAACCAUUGUGCUCGCUCGUCGUCAUAUACAGUUUCUGUUCUCAAUCACCUAACUAACGAUUAUUACAAAUCUUCGUUGCAUUUAUAAACUGCUGGUAAAUAAAAACGAAACGAUAUAACGCGAAAAGCGCGAAUAGUGGAAUAACACGACAAAAAGGAAAAAAGUUUACAAGUAAAUGCACCAGUAAAUAAUAUAGAAUAAUACAUAGUCGCGUAUGCAAGCAACAACUAUACACGUUCCUUGUAACUAAUGUUUUCCAAACACAACUAAAAAAUUUAACGAUAACGAUUGAAAACCGCACAUCGUAAAAUAACGGCAACAUCACCUCAACAACUCGUAAAGCAUAACCACAUAGGAAUUAUACAUUACUUACAUAAAUACAAACAUACAAUAAUAUAAAAUUGUGUGUACAUGUAUUUACCUAAAUACAUAUAUAUCCAAAACGACACCGAUUUAAAUUAACUGCAGGGAAAUAAUACGAAACAACACAACCAACAACAAAAUUAUUAUUAUUAUUGUUAUUAUUAUUUAGUGCCAGACCAUAUAUAACGACCACAGAUUUACUUGAUUAACAACAAAAAGAAAGUUAUGAAAAGCAACAGACCCCGACCCAUUGGAUAAUCUAUUCAUAAACUGCAUCGUCUUCGUUGUUGUCGUGUUCGUCGUCGACUCUACUUACAAUUAGAUUUGUUCAUGUCUCACAAUAACAACAACUACAACAACAACAAGAAUAUAACAGAACUGAAUCGAGCGACUUAAUGUGUGUUAUCCAGAUAUUACGUUAAUCAGUUGAAGUCGUCCUGUUCAAUGUGGUCAACGUAUUCGUACUCUCCAUUGUCAGUGAGAUGCGUCAAAGUCUGGUCAAGAAUAUAGUCAACUGAGUAAACUAAUCCCUCAUUACGCACUCACACACACACAUACACACACAUACACAACACACACUCACAAAUCCCAUCGAAGCCUUUGAAGCAAAGUAAGCAAUAGCCAAAGAGAGCCUGAGUGUCGUAGGAAACAGCGAGCAACGCCAAAGUACAAAUGCUCAAGAGCAACUAAAUCGAAAUUAAAAUAAAAAGGAAUAAACAUACAACAAUUUACAUUAGAGAGCAAAAACAACUACGGAAUUAACGCAAAUUUUUGGCUAAUCGAAAACUGUGAAGUUGCUCCAAAAAUACGAAUAUUCAAAGGACGGGACACAAAAAGCUGCAAUAUAUAUAUAUCAUUUUCAUUAGCAACAUUGUGCAAAAUUGCAAGAGGGGGGAGCGGAAUACACAUAACAAUUGAACGAUAAAGUCGUUUCAUAAGGAUUUGCCCAAGUCACGGAGCGUCGAGCAGGGACGGUAGAACGCGUAAGCGUCCUUAAAUCCAGUUAGCAUGGAGUGCUGUUUAUCAGAAGAGGCCAAGGAACAAAAACGGAUCAAUCAGGAAAUCGAGAAACAGUUGCGUCGCGACAAACGAGAUGCACGCCGAGAACUUAAACUCCUGUUACUGGGCACGGGCGAGUCCGGAAAGUCAACGUUUAUCAAACAGAUGCGCAUUAUACACGGCAGCGGAUACUCGGACGAUGAUAAGCGUGGCUACAUUAAGCUGGUGUUCCAGAACAUAUUCAUGGCCAUGCAGUCAAUGAUCAAGGCCAUGGAUAUGCUGAAAAUAUCCUACGGUGUUGGCGAACAUAUAGAUCUUGCUGAUCUGGUUAUGAGCAUUGAUUAUGAAACAGUAACAACAUUUGAGGAUCCGUAUUUGAAUGCCAUAAAAACGCUAUGGUCCGAUGCCGGCAUACAGGAGUGCUAUGAUCGACGAAGAGAAUAUCAAUUGACAGAUUCCGCUAAAUAUUAUCUGAUGGAUCUCGAUCGUGUGGCUCAACCUGAUUAUUUACCCACUGAGCAAGACAUUUUACGAGUUCGUGUGCCGACAACGGGGAUCAUUGAGUAUCCCUUCGAUCUAGAAGAAAUCAGAUUUAGAAUGGUGGACGUCGGUGGUCAGCGUUCUGAGAGAAGAAAGUGGAUUCAUUGUUUUGAAAAUGUCACCUCGAUCAUAUUUUUGGUAGCGUUAUCGGAAUAUGAUCAAAUCUUGUUUGAAUCUGAUAAUGAGAACCGCAUGGAGGAAUCAAAAGCUUUAUUUAGAACUAUAAUUACGUACCCGUGGUUCCAAAAUUCAUCAGUUAUUCUUUUCCUAAACAAGAAAGAUUUGUUAGAAGAGAAAAUCAUGUAUUCGCAUUUGGUGGAUUAUUUUCCUGAAUACGAUGGUCCACAGCGAGAUGCAAUAGCAGCCCGUGAAUUCAUACUGCGCAUGUUUGUAGACUUAAAUCCAGAUUCCGAAAAGAUUAUCUAUUCUCAUUUCACCUGUGCUACAGAUACUGAAAAUAUUAGGUUUGUGUUUGCGGCUGUAAAGGACACGAUUCUGCAAUCCAAUCUUAAGGAAUACAAUUUGGUCUAAACUGGAUUUGGAUCAGCAAACUAUUUUUGUGAUUUUUAUUAUACAUAUACAUAUAUAUACAAAUGUAUAAGUGUAUACAUAUAUAUAUGUGUGGAUAUAUGUAUGUAUAUAUACAUAUACAUAUGUAUACAGAAAUAUAUAUAUAUGAAUAUGAAUAUAUAUACAUACAUUCAUAAUUCCUUUUUCGCAUAUUAAUUAAAAUGAUACAAACAAGAAAAGAAAACUAAUGAUGUUUGCCGAAGAUUAAGCAUUAGAACCAAACACAAGUUUCUUAAAUUGUAAACAUCAGGAACCGAACAGAGAAAAGAAUGUAGCAUAAAUUAUGAAAAUUAUGAUAACACGAUUUGAUUGAUGUAUACAUUUGAAUUUGUGUGGAAUGCACAAAAAGAGAAAUGAAAAACAAAACAAAAUUCAAAUAACUUCUGAUACCAAGUACGAUUAACGUAAUAAUAAUAAUAUUUAAAAUUCAUUAUUAUAGAAGUUUUGUAAUAAAAUUAAAAAAAAAAAGCAAAAACAAAAUAAAUUUAAUUUAAUCAAAAGCUUAAAAGGAACAACAAAUGGAAACAAUUUUUGUCGUACUGAAGCGUAAAUUUUACUGAAACCAACCAACAAAAUCUAACUUAUAAACAAAUAGUAAUUUUGCAUAAACAAAAUAUAUGUCAGAAGUUUCUCAUAAUUAUUUAAAUAUUACACACACACACACACAUAUUCACGCACAUAUACACAAACAUACACACUCGCAUUAAAACAAGAAGAAAAACAGAAUCCUGUAAACUAAAAGAAACAACAAAAAAAAAGGAAAUGAAAUGAAAUGAAAAUCAAAUGCAGAUAUAAUAAACGAACUGUAUAAUGUAUUUUCGUUUUGAUGAAGAAGAACCAUCGUAAAUACUGUAACAAUUGUUUACUGAAAUAUUUAUAUUAUAAAUACAAAGCCCAUAAUAUAUGUAUAUACAUACAUGCAUACAAAACAUACAUACAGCAUACGCACAUACUUACAUAACUUUGUAAUGAUAAAUAAAUUAAUUUGUAUUGCGAAAAAGAAUCAUUCAAUGUAAAUUACAAAUCGUACUAAUACAUAAAAAAAGGGAAACGAUUAUGAACGUGAUGAUUAAGUACUAUAUUAUGUAAUGAUAAAAGAAAUAACAAAACAACAAAUUAAUAAUCGCAUUUGUAUUUUACAAAUCGCGGCCAGAUUUAUAUAUUACCUAAGUAUAAUUAACAUGUACGUUUGUCAAAGAUUUCAUAGCUGCAGCAUAACUAUAAUUAACAAAAACAGCAGAAAAACAAAAACCAAAAAAAGAAAAACCAACAACAACAACAACCACCACAUGAAUAAUAAUAACAAACAGUCAUAAUCACCAAUAUUUGAAACUAAUUGAUGCCUGUACGUUUUACAUAUUUACCGUGCAACUAAAAACCAACUAAUAUCAAAUGCAGCUGGUCUUGAUGCCAUGAAGCACUUUCCAUAAACUAUACGAGGAGUAAAGAAAAGGAAAAGAACACGCAAAUUAUUGUCAUAAAUUAUAAAUUGUUAUCAAUUGUAAAAUUUUAAAAUGAUAAAAGUGAAAUUUUGUAAGGAAUGUAGCUUGAGUUUUUCAUAUAUUUUUAAUAUACUUAUACAUAUUAAUUAUUAUUUUGUUAGUCUGUUUUGCUUAUGUUAUAGACAAUGUUUUGUUUUUGUUUUUAAAUUUUAGUUUAAUUUAAUCUACAGUUAUAGAAUGAUAGUAAAGUAACAAAAUGCAGCGCACAUUUGCAGAAAGGGAAAACACAAAACAAAUAAUCAACAACAAAACAAACAACUAUUUAUGUAAAAAUCUAAAUAAACACAA